CAUAGCCACGAAGACCAUUGGCUGUCAGGGGUCAGAAUGUCCAGAAACACUAACGGUGGAGAUCAGGAGGCGCGACGGCCGCUCCUCAGCGGAGAUCACCUGGGUCCAACCGAGCUGGACUCAGAUGAAGGUGAGGUCAUUUUUGACAGAAGGGUCUCAGGCAUCACUGAUGAAGCUGGAUGGAGCGCAACAAAAAGACUCACUUACGAGGAAGCGGUCGAACAAGCAGGUUUUGGUUUGUUCCACUGGCUCCUGCUGGUGGUGUGCGGCUGGGCCAACGCCAGCGACGCCGUGGAGAUCCUCUGCGUGUCCUUUCUGCUACCAACAGCGCGCUGCGAUCUGCUGCUGAGUUCCUCGGACAUGGGCCUGCUCACGGCCAGUAUUUUCCUCGGAAUGAUGGUUGGUGGCUACAUGUGGGGAUACCUCGCUGACCAGAGGGGGCGGCGAAAGGUCUUGGUGGUGUCGCUGACUGUAAAUGGGCUGUUUGGAGGUCUGGCCAGCAUGGCUCCAUGGUUCUGGCUCUUCCUGCUGCUACGGUUCAUCAGCGGCAUUGGGGUCGGCGGGUCUAUCCCUGUCAUCUUUUCCUACUUCUCAGAGUUCAUGCCCCGCCUGAGGAGAGGGGCAAUGAUCAGCGCUCUGGCCACCUUCUGGAUGGCAGGAAACAUCCUGGCUGCAGGUCUGGCCUGGUUAGUGAUUCCAAGAACCUGGGCACAUUUCUCUCUGGGAACAUUAGACUUCCAGAGCUGGAGGCUGUUUGUGGUGCUGUGCUCAGUUCCCAGCAUCUCCUCAGCCGUCCUCUUCAAGUUCCUCAUGCCCGAGAGCCCAAAGUUCCUCAUGGAGGCUGGUCGGGAGAAAGAGGCAAUUCUUGUUUUCAGACAGAUGUUUGACCUGAACAUGAAGGGAAUAGAAAAGGAUUUUCCGGAAUUUGCUUUGUGUACAAAUUCCAAGCAACAAGGGGAAAUCGAAGAGAUCAGAUCUCAGGAUAAAAAGAGAACAUUUCCUAUAAGUGUUUUAAAACAGGGUUUGCUUCCUAUUAAACAGAUGUUCAGUGGUUCUGUCAAAGCCAGGAGCUUCGUCCUGCUCAUCAUCUUCUACUGCAUCUCCUUUGGCUACUAUGGACUGUGGAUGUGGUUUCCAGAGCUUUUCGCUCGAGUUGAAAGCAGCGGCGGCUCUCCCUGUGCCAACGUGUCCCUCCCGUCUCCAUUCAACAACCAAAGUUGUUACCCAGUCAAGACAGCAGUGUACAUGGAGGGCUUCAUAAUUGCUGCAUCGAACCUGCCAGGCAACAUCUUCACCAUCCUCAUUAUGGACAGCACAGGGGGGAAAACUCUGCUUUCCUGCAGCCUGAUCAUGUCCAGUCUGAGCGUCUUCCUCAUCUACAUGGUUCAGACCAAAGCCCAGAGUCUGGGUCUGUCCUGCAUCUUCAGCGGAGUUUCGGUGAUCGCCUGGAACGCUCUGGACGUGGUGGGAACUGAGCUCUACCCGACCCAGCUACGGUCCUCUGCCCUGGGCUUCUUCACUGGAGUGGGCCGAGUGGCAGCCAUCAUGGGCAACGUGGCCUUCGGAAAGAUGGUGGACUCCAACUGCACCGUGCCCAUCCUGCUGGUGUCUGCUCUGCUGUUGACAGGAGGGCUGAUGGCUCUUCUGCUCCCACAGACGAGGCAGACGGAGCUCACCUGAUUGUUCUCGUAUGUUUUAGAAACUCCCCCAUGGAAACAGACAGGAAAGCUGCUGGUCAUAAAGUUCUCUAAUGAAUCUGGUGUUUCUGGAGCCUUCGGCCAAAUAUCGGUGCCUUUUAUUCUGGUCCAUUUGCCAGAAAGCAAGAGAAACGUAAUUAAAAGCGUAUAUCUCUGCCGUCCCAGAAAAGUAGUGGCAGAUGUGUGGGGGGUUGACAUGUCGUGAGCUCCUGAGAAUUGAGAUUCUGUGGCUGAUAUCCAAUCAUGGGUUUGUGUAAAGCUAUUACCCGCUGAUA